AAACGUGCAAGUGAAAAAAUGGAGAACAUACCACGAACGCACGAAGAUAUCGAAGCGCAAAUCCGCGAUAUCCAGACGAAGAAGAAGGAAAUCAGCGCGGAAGCGGCCAAAGAUAAAGGCGUAGGGCUGCUGGAAAGCGGAUACUACGACAGUGAGCUGUACGAUGGAUCGAGCGGAAAGGGCAAGUACGAGGGCUACGUCACCUCGAUCGCUCCGAACGACGACGUAGAUGACGACGAGGACGAUGGGAUUCCUAUGGGGCGGGGUAACCGCCCGGCCGGCUACACCGCUCCCGCUGCACUGCUGAACGACGUUGCGCAGCCGGAAAAUGAUUACGAUCCGUUUGCGGAUCGCCGCCGACCGACGGUCGGCGAGAAGGAAGAUGAAUACAGGCAGAAGCGAAGACGGCUGGUCAUUUCGCCGGAACGUAUCGAUCCAUUCGCCGACGGCGGCAAAACUCCCGAUGUUGGGUCCCGUUCCUAUACGGAAAUUAUGCGCGAGCAGCUGCUCAAGGGGGAAGAAGCGGAGCUUCGCAAAAAGAUCCAGGAAAAGGCAAAGGACGGCACACUGAAGGUGAACAGCAGCAGCAGCGGUAGCAGCAUCAUCAAUUCCAGUAGCAAUGGGGAUAUCAGCAAAGCACAGGCACUGGAAUCGAAGAAACGUGGCCGCUGGGAUCAAACGGUGGAGGAAACGUUCGUGCCGCCGAAGAAGCUGUCGUCCGUACCGGCGACGCCAACGUGGGGCGAUGCUGAGAAAACCCCAGCGGACCAUCGCUGGGACGAAACCCCGGGUCACAAGGGUAGUGAAACUCCCGGAGCCACUCCGAGCGCCCGCAUCUGGGAUGCCACUCCGGCGCAUUCCGGCACUACACCGGGUCGGGAAACCCCGGCGGAGAAAUCCACCCGCCGUAACCGGUGGGAUGAAACUCCGAAAACGGAACGGGAAACCCCGGGACACUCGUGGGCCGAAACGCCACGUGCCGACCGCGGCCCCAGUGACAGCGCCAUGGACAGUACUACACCGGCUUCGAAGAGACGCUCCCGUUGGGAUGAAACACCGUCGAAUGCGACCCCGUCGGCUAUGACACCGUCGAUCGUGAUGACACCGACUCCGCAUGCCACACCCGGGCAUGCAACGCCGCUGUUGACACCCGGCGGAACAACCCCCAUUGGACACAAAGCGAUGGCCAUGGCUACGCCCACCCCCGGACAUUUGGCUUCGAUGACACCGGAACAACUGCAAGCCUACCGCUGGGAAAAGGAAAUCGACGAAAGAAACAGGCCAUUUAGCGAUGACGAACUGGACGCCAUGUUCCCGCCAGGCUACAAGGUCCUACCACCACCGGCCGGUUACAUCCCGAUUCGAACUCCUGCUAGAAAGCUGAUCGCCACUCCGACUCCCAUGGCAGGAACCCCGGCAGGAUUCUUCAUGCAAGCCGAGGACAAGAGCGCCAAAUUCAUCGACAACCAACCCAAGGGCAAUCUUCCAUUCAUGAAACCGGAAGAUGCCCAGUACUUUGACAAACUGUUGCUCGAUGUCGAUGAGGAAGCUCUCAGCCCAGAGGAACAGAAGGAACGCAAAAUUAUGAAACUGCUCCUGAAAAUCAAAAACGGAACUCCCCCGAUGCGUAAAGCCGCUCUACGUCAGAUAACCGACAAAGCUCGAGAGUUCGGUGCCGGUCCGCUGUUCAAUCAGAUUCUCCCGCUGCUCAUGAGUCCCACGCUGGAGGAUCAGGAACGUCACUUGCUGGUCAAAGUUAUCGAUCGAAUCCUGUACAAACUGGAUGAUCUGGUUCGCCCGUACGUCCACAAAAUCCUGGUCGUCAUUGAGCCACUGCUGAUCGACGAAGAUUACUACGCUCGCGUUGAAGGUCGUGAAAUCAUUUCCAAUUUGGCCAAGGCAGCCGGUCUGGCCACUAUGAUCUCCACCAUGCGUCCCGAUAUCGACAACAUUGACGAGUACGUGCGUAACACCACGGCCCGUGCUUUCGCCGUGGUUGCCUCGGCUCUCGGUAUCCCUUCGCUACUGCCUUUCUUGAAGGCCGUCUGUAAGAGUAAGAAGUCCUGGCAGGCUCGUCACACCGGUAUCAAGAUCGUUCAGCAGAUUGCCAUCCUGAUGGGAUGUGCCAUCCUUCCUCAUCUAAAAUCCCUGGUGGAAAUUAUCGAACAUGGAUUGGUCGACGAACAGCAGAAGGUCCGUACGAUCACUGCUUUGGCCCUAGCAGCCCUGGCAGAAGCCGCCACCCCGUACGGUAUCGAAUCGUUCGAUUCCGUUCUGAAACCCCUCUGGAAGGGUAUCCGAACACAUCGCGGUAAGGGUUUGGCUGCGUUCCUGAAGGCCAUCGGUUACCUAAUCCCGCUGAUGGACGCCGAAUAUGCCAACUACUACACCCGAGAAGUGAUGUUGAUUCUGAUUCGAGAGUUCCAGUCGCCGGAUGAGGAAAUGAAGAAGAUUGUACUGAAGGUCGUGAAGCAGUGCUGCGCUACGGACGGUGUGGAGGCGCAAUAUAUUAAGGAGGAAAUUUUACCGCACUUCUUCAAGCACUUCUGGAAUCACCGAAUGGCACUGGAUCGGCGCAACUACCGGCAGCUGGUGGAUACGACGGUGGAGAUUGCCAACAAGGUCGGCGCAUCGGAGAUCAUCAACCGAGUGGUGGACGAUUUGAAGGACGAAAACGAACAGUAUCGGAAGAUGGUGAUGGAGACGAUCGAGAAGAUUAUGGGAAAUCUGGGGGCGGCCGACAUCGAUUCCCGGCUGGAGGAACAGUUGAUCGACGGUAUUCUGUACGCGUUCCAGGAACAGACCACGGAGGAUGUGGUCAUGCUCAAUGGAUUCGGCACGAUUGUGAACCAGCUGAGCAAACGGGUAAAACCGUACUUGCCGCAGAUUUGCGGUACCAUUCUGUGGCGUUUGAACAACAAAUCGGCGAAAGUGCGACAACAGGCAGCGGAUCUGAUCUCCCGCAUCGCCGUGGUCAUGAAGACCUGCCAGGAGGAGAAGCUGAUGGGUCAUUUGGGCGUCGUGCUGUACGAGUACCUCGGUGAAGAAUAUCCGGAAGUGUUGGGUUCCAUCCUGGGUGCCCUCAAGGCCAUCGUCAAUGUGAUCGGUAUGACCAAGAUGACUCCGCCCAUCAAGGAUCUUCUGCCGCGAUUGACACCGAUUCUGAAGAAUCGUCACGAAAAGGUUCAGGAGAACUGUAUCGAUCUGGUGGGUCGCAUUGCCGAUCGUGGACCGGAGUACGUGUCGGCUCGCGAGUGGAUGCGAAUCUGUUUCGAGCUGUUGGAGCUGCUCAAGGCCCACAAGAAAGCCAUCCGGCGAGCAACGGUCAAUACGUUCGGUUACAUUGCGAAGGCCAUUGGCCCGCAUGAUGUGCUGGCUACGCUGUUGAACAAUCUGAAGGUCCAGGAGCGACAGAACCGUGUCUGUACGACGGUUGCUAUUGCCAUUGUGGCGGAAACCUGUCGGCCGUUUACCGUGCUGCCAGCCCUGAUGAACGAAUAUCGCGUUCCGGAGUUGAACGUCCAGAACGGUGUCCUCAAAUCGCUUUCGUUCUUGUUCGAGUACAUUGGGGAAAUGGGUAAGGAUUACAUCUAUGCCGUUUGUCCGCUGCUGGAGGAUGCGUUGAUGGAUCGAGAUUUGGUUCAUCGGCAGACGGCCUGCGCCGCUAUCAAACAUAUGGCGUUGGGUGUUUACGGUUUCGGCUGCGAAGAUGCACUGAUCCAUCUGCUGAACUACGUGUGGCCAAAUAUCUUCGAGACGUCACCGCAUUUGGUGCAAGCGUUCAUGGAUGCCGUCGAGGGGCUGAGGGUAGCACUGGGACCAAUCAAAAUUCUCCAAUACACUCUGCAAGGGCUGUUCCAUCCGGCCCGGAAGGUAAGAGACGUCUACUGGAAGAUCUACAAUUCCCUCUAUAUCGGAUCUCAGGAUGCAUUAAUCGUCGGUUAUCCACGCAUUUCGAACGACCCGCAGAAUCAGUACAUUCGCUAUGAGCUGGAUUAUUCACUUUAAAACAAAAACAAGAGGUAUCUUAUCAUUAGGCUAUGUAUUGGAACAUUCUUAAUCGUGUGUACGGUCAAGCAAGCAGUUGUAGUUCUUCAAUAAAGUGUUACGACGGA